CGCGACGUGAGUGGGGGGCGCGUCCUCCGUCACGCCCUCACCCAGCCUUGCGCUAGCCGCAGGCUGGUCCCCACGCCCCCUAACAGUUCCUUCAGCUUCCACGCGUCUGGACCGUCCGGGGCCCUCCCUCUCCACCCGCCUGGGUGCAUCGAUACCGGUGCCCCGGCUUAGCGCCUCGGGGCGGGUCCCUGCCGCCCGCACCUGCCCCCGGGGGCGGAGCGCAGCGGCGACAGCGCGGCACCAGCCUCCGCCACUCGCUGUGCUAGCGGCGGACCUGCCGCUCACCGCGGUACGGGUGAAGCUCUCUCUCGGUGCCCUCGGUCCCUGGCACUUUGGACUCGUGUCUCCAUCGUAGUCCGCUUCGCCUCGGGGGAUCUGCAGCCCCGGCGCCAUGGAGCCGGCUCUGGGCAGCGAGCGCCGCAGCCCCCCUGGCCCCGGAGUCCCGCGGCCGCCACCGCGGGGCCACGCGCCCUCGACCGCCGCCCCUGCCCCCAGCCCGGCUCCGAUGAGCUCCUCUGUGCAAUCUGAUGAGGAACGGCAGCCACGGAUCAGUGAGAGCGGCCAGUUCAGCGACGGGUUGGAAGACCGAGGUUUACUAGAAAGCAGCACCCGACUGAAACCUCACGAAGCCCAGAACUACAGGAAGAAGGCAUUGUGGGUAUCCUGGCUGUCCAUUAUUGUCACCCUGGCCCUGGCAGUGGCCGCCUUCACUGUCUCCGUCAUGAGGUACAGCGCCUCUGCCUUCGGGUUUGCAUUUGAUGCCAUCCUGGAUGUGCUGUCCUCGGCCAUUGUCCUCUGGCGUUACAGCAAUGCGGCCGCUGUGCACUCUGCUCACAGGGAGUAUAUAGCCUGUGUCAUCUUGGGGGUGAUCUUUCUUCUGUCAUCUAUAUGCAUAGUGGUCAAAGCCAUCCAUGACCUCUCAACUAGGCUGCUCCCUGAAGUGGAUGAUUUCCUGUUCAGCGUCUCCAUUCUAAGCGGGAUCCUGUGCAGCGUCCUGGCUGUGCUGAAGUUUAUGCUGGGGAAGGUCCUGACAAGCAGGGCUCUCAUCACGGACGGGUUCAACUCCCUUGUUGGGGGAGUGAUGGGUUUCUCCAUCCUUCUAAGUGCAGAAGUGUUCAAACACAACGCAGCAGUCUGGUACCUGGACGGCAGCAUUGGUGUCCUGAUUGGUCUCACCAUCUUUGCCUACGGGGUCAAACUCCUCAUCGACAUGGUGCCCAGAGUGAGACAGACGCGUCAUUAUGAAAUGUUUGAGUGAAGGCAGCAGGAAGGGCGGCAGGGACUGCCAGCCCCGGUGAAGAGCGUCACUUGACAAGAGGUUUCCACGCAGGCAGAUGGUGCCAACAUUCAACUGCACAUCCAGUUUCAUUUGGGGAAGUUUUUGUUCAUAGAGUCUGUCAUCACGGGCUGGGGUCUGCCAGAGGCUGGACCUGCCCUACAUCCUUACCCAGUCGCCCACCAUCAAACACGUUAGGAUGACGUUGCCCGUGGGAGGGGCCACCAUGCUUCCCAACCUUGAGCCGGAAGUGACAUUUUUCUAUUUCCUGGAGUCAAACAGUUCUUGGAGGCAGGCUAGGGUCUCUGCUUGACAGGAAGCCUGUGGUGCACACCGUCAGUGAAAACCAGAUAGUAAUUGACGGGGUCACCUCCGCCUGACACGUGGCCGAGUCACCUCUAGAGUCACACUCUCCUAGCAGAUGUCGUCAUCGGUACAGCACUUCCUAACUCCUACCAACACGUUUCCUACACUUUUACUAAUCCCAACACUAAACCGGUUCAUUCAGAAGGAGACCAUUCUAUUUUUUAAAGUGUUUAGUGACUUGAGCUUUGCAUGGACAAGCUACGUAAGCACACAACCCUUUCCUUCACGUCUAGAACCUACACAUCUGUAAAAACCCAGGAGCCAUUUUUGAGAGAUGUGAACCUCUAUACAUUUAUUUGUAAUAAAUAAUUAUAAUCAUCACCCCGAAUCUGCAUAUCUCUAUAUGCUGGUCACAGUACCUCAGCCUGUGAGACAUGGGCUGCUCCUUCAGAAGGAACAAGAUGUCCUCAGUUUAUGUAACAUUAGAUAUGUGCUGUAGACAUGCCCUCAUUCCACCAUGUUCUGUAGCUCUCACAGUACUGCCCACACGGGCAGCUAUGUCAGGCCAAUAAAGACCUUUACCAUUUGUA